AUGGCGUUCCGGCAGGCGCUGCAGCUGGCGGCCUGCGGGCUGGCCGGGGGCUCGGCCGCCGUGCUCUUCUCGGCCGUGGCGGUGGGAAAGCCGCGCGCGGGCGGAGACGCGGAGCCGCGGGCGUCCGAGCCGUCGGGCUGGGCGGUAGGCACGCGCCCCUCGCCCGCCGUCUGGGAUCCCAACUGGGACAGGCGAGAACCGCUGUCUCUCGUCAACCUUCGGAAAAGAAACCUGGAGUCUGGAGAAGAAGAGCUGACGUCCAAGCUGGACCAGUGCAAAGCUAAGGCCACGCGACACAUCUUCCUCAUCAGGCACUCUCAGUACCACGUGGAUGGCUCCCUGGAGAAGGAGCGGACUCUCACUCCACUGGGUCGUGAACAGGCUGAGUUAACUGGCCUCCGACUAGCAAGCCUGGGGUUGAAGUUUGACAAGAUCGUACAUUCCUCCAUGACACGAGCCAUAGAAACAACAGACAUCAUCAGCAAACACCUGCCAGGGGUGUGCAGAGUCAGCACCGACCUGCUCAGGGAAGGCGCCCCCAUUGAGCCUGACCCGCCCGUGUCCCACUGGAAGCCAGAAGCUGUGCAGUAUUAUGAGGACGGAGCCCGGAUUGAGGCUGCAUUUCGGAAUUAUAUCCACCGGGCAGAUGCCAGGCAGGAGGAGGACAGUUACGAGAUCUUCAUAUGUCAUGCCAACGUCAUCCGUUACAUCGUGUGCAGAGCACUGCAGUUUCCACCUGAAGGCUGGCUCCGUCUUUCCCUCAACAAUGGCAGCAUCACCCACCUGGUGAUCCGACCCAAUGGCAGGGUCGCGCUAAGGACCCUUGGGGACACGGGGUUCAUGCCUCCGGACAAGAUCACCCGGUCCUGAGGGCCGCGCUGCAGGCACCCCCCAGGCAGCGGCCAGACCUUCCCGUCCUCCUCAGUGUCUAUGCCACAAGCACGUGGGUGUCCACCCUCCUCCCUACACAGGGUGCAUUUCAGUUACAUUUUUAUCGAAAGCAGCCAGCGGAAAGUGAGAACUGUCUGAAGUGCUGCGUUCCAGUACUUGCCUCUGGCCCGGGAUGAGCAGGGAACAUUACCACCAGAGAGCCAGGCCGCCCAGGGUUUCCCCUCCCAUGAUCUGGGAGAUGCCCUGGGUGUGAGGUGGAUUGGCUUCCUAGACAGAAGCUGGCCUGUCUGGGGAUCAAACAAGGGCUGGCAGAUGUCCUCACUGCAGACGGGCCCAUGCACACCCCACACCGAAGGACCUUUCAUUGUGACAACACCAGCCAUGGCCCACCCACUUUGUGAGGCACACGGGGACAACAGGUCAGUUACUCACAGAGUGGCGGCGGCCCAUACUCUUCAUUCACAGCGCAUUUUACUUCAUACUUUUUCAUUUUGUAAAACCUGUCUGUCACUUAAAAGAUAUUUUCCUCAUGUAGGUUCUUACUUUGAAAGCCAGUUUCUUACUCCACAGUCAUAUCCCUGAAGUCGUGGGUGGGUCUGAACUUACCUGCUUUGUUUGACCCUCGGGAGUGUGAGGACCUGUGCACUGACCAGGACACCUGGGGGGUGGGGCGGGACGUGCUGAGGCUGCCGCCACCACCUUGGUCCUGUGGAAGAGGCCGUGGGGAGUUGCCCGUCAUGCUCGUGAUUUGCCAGCGUUUAACAUUGGCUUAGUGACAGGAAAUCACCGUAAUGAACAGCAUUUUAAUAUCCUAGACUGCAGGCUCGGCCUUAGUUUGCCUGUGGUUAUUGCUAAUCUUUUAUGUGUAUGGAUUAAAGUGUUAAAAGUAUUUAGACAUGACGUGUCUAUCCCAAAUAUUGUUAAUUCAGAAAAACUACCAUUUCUGUGGAGUGGUUAUGAACAUUUUCUGCAGUCAUGCAACUAUAUGGAAUAUUUGAUCCAUUUGUCAACUUUGGAAACAAUUACAUAAUAAAAUUUUAUUUUACUUUUUUUUUAUUGGCAUCAAUACCAAUUGUGCAUGUUUUUAAGAAAACAGGAAACCUGUAGAGAGUGUAACAAGGGCGGCCUGAAGUUUUGUUUCCUAGUGUCCUAUGCUGAGCCUAGCGUGUUGCCCCCACCGGCCCUGCCAUGAGGAUGGCUCUCAGCGUGCACACAGAAGGGCAUGCAUCUUCAAAGCCCAGCCAGGAACAGGAGGCCACAGCGCCCCUGAGCAGUGCUGAUAGUCUGUCAUAGAAACCGUUAAUUUAUAAUCAAACACUGGUCUCUGAAAGCUGUGAGUUUCUGUGAACAACCAAAAAUUAACAGAGGUUUCGUUUGUGGUCUUAUAACUAGCCCUACCACCUUGCCACAGGGUGGCAGUGCUCCCCCCAUGAACAAGGAGGAAUUUUCUGUAUAUGUUUCAUAUGUUAGUCACAGAAGAAUUCAUUAUAAAAGAGUGACAUUGAGUACGUGAGAUCCCCACCGUCCCUUCACUAGAGCAGACUGUACUCGAUCUUUGGAAGAAAUGACACGACCAAUUGUUAAUCUCACAAAAAAGGCUUUCCCACAUCCGAGUGUGCCUAGAAAAUCUGCUAGCUUAGCUGAUGCCAGAAGUGGUUUGUCACAGUUGUGUCAGAAAGGGAAAGGGCGAAGAGACAGCAAAGAAACCACUAUCUGGCUAAUGUACUGCGUCUUCAAAAUACCACUCAAGAUUUGACCAAAAGGGUAUAUUCUGCCCAAGCACAGGUAGGAGAAAUUUUUCCGAAAGCUCAGAGUGAUUACCAUGUUAUUUUUAAAAUAAUGUACUUCAUUAAGAGAUUUAAGAUAUUAAGAGCAAAAAUAUCUCUGAGACCAGCAUCUCCUUGAUUUUUUUCCAUGUCUACACAGCUUACACAAAUGAGAAGUUAUCAAAGGCAGCCCAAACCACUGACAACUGAGGACGAACGAUCUGAGAAAUUAAGGCAAAAACACUUUUAAUGACCAUCUAAAUAUUUACAGUAGUACACAGGACAGUGCGGUCAGACUUCAAAGCAAACAGAUCAUCACUGUGGAUACAAUUAUCUGUAUUCUGAUUUCUUUUGGAACAAAGGUGACUUUUUCAAAUGCCAUUGUUUUUAGGAAUAGACUAUACUGUUUUUGUCUUAUAUCUCAACUGUUACACAACAAAUGAAAAAACCCUGUGCAACAACCUUUUGGAUCUUAAAAUCCACAUUUUGAUUCCAGUGUUCAUGACCUGUCUUUUGGUAUCUUGUGAGAGAAAUACGCUUUUCUACAUAAAUUUCAAUUAAGAAUUUUUACAAAGGAAAAAGAAUCUCACUUAUGCCUACUUAGUAUCACUGUAUACUCUCAAAAAGCAAGUUCAGAAAAAUUAAAAUGAUUUACAAAAGGCACUGAAGUUACAAAAGCACUGGUUCCGUUGGUAAUUUUGAAUCGAACACUGAAAACGUUCACGAGAACGGUGUAUAAGAGCAGCCACCUGACCGCACCCAGGGGGAGAGCCAGUUUUGGGGCGUAACUGCUCCCUCGCACCUCCUGCCCUUCAAGCACCCUGUGCGACAGGCCUUCCAGAAGAUCACCGAGGGGAAAGGUUACAACGGUGACAAACCCCGGUAAAAACGCCUCUUCUUUUGCCUUCAGGGGAUCCUCAGAAUAAAUUUUAAAACCGGGGAACAGUUACAGGCUACUUUAAUACCGCCACACUGGCAACCAAAGCAAGGGAACGGGGGCUCAGGUGCUGGUGGGAACGAAACAUCUUCAACUAUUGCUGCAGACUUCUGUCGGACAAUCUGUCCAUGGCUAGAAGAUUUCUUCAGGAGAGAAACUAAGAGUUUAUCUUCAAUAAUUUAGAUGUUUUUAAUGACCUACACUGUAAACAUCGUUCGUGCACGCCUAAGAUACAUUCAAGGCUCCUGUUUACUUCUUCGUGUCCAGUCUUGAUUUGUCUAACCAGCUGGGAUCAGUUGGCAAACCAAGACAGGAUUUCUCUACCACGUACAACAGCUCAGAACAUUCUCGGGAAGGCUGCAUCAGCCCCCGUCUCUGUUGAAAACUAGGAAUUACUAGAACGUCUGUCAUCACCACAGUGACAUCUUCCAGGAAGUUGGUAUCUGAUUUCAACUUCUCCCAAAAUUUCAGAGCUCUAAACUGAACACAGAAUAACAUUUUAUUUUCUGAAAUUCUUUUACCCUCAAAAUGAGGAUCAAUAAAUUAAUCAGAAUAUUUUUGUCUUAUUUAGCGAUAAACAGACUGCCCUUCUCUUUCUCGCAUGCAGAGCGCCUGAUCUUACAGGGCUGCCAGCUCAGCCAGGCGAGCCAUCCUGCGGAGGUGGCUCCCGUGCACGGGGCUGUACCGCCCGGGGCUGCCCAUGCCGGGCAAGUGUGGGGAGACGCUGGGUUUCGCAGGGCUGCCGGCAGCAGACCCAUAUAUUCCUGAGCUGCAGCUGUGGGCAGAACCAAGAACUGGCCGCUGAGACUUGAACUUUCCUUUCAAUGCUGGGCUCGGCCAACUAGGGAAACCAAGAGAGGGUGUUACCACAGUCACACAUGUCUGGAAGCAAACAAGGAGCCAGAGGUGGAAAAGCGGAUGCCAUGUUAUCAGCAAUUAGAAAACUGGCAGAGCCCGUCUACCAGGCGCAGGAAGGAACAUUCAGAAGCUACAAACUAACCCCAAAGAGAGGUGGGAACUACAAGUGCAAGUCAAUCAAAUUGUGGGAAAAAAAAAAAGACUUAAGAAGGCCCGAUGAGCAUCGCCCUCCUACCCAAGCAGGAAGAGCCUUGUCGCCACCUCUGGGGAUGGAGGAGAGGCCAGUGCAGACAGGAGCUCAGGGUCUUGGCUGUGUGGGGUCUCAUGCCUGGGACUGUCAGGAUCCAGCGACACUUUAGCAAUUUCGGCUGAUAUUUCGUUUUCUGUCCUUAUCUGGUUAUUCCCGGUUUUUUCUGCAGCAGAAACAGGUUCUAACAAAUCACUUCCCACUGAGUCCAUUCUUGAAGUCAGGAUUAUCUUAUCUUUAGUUUCUAUGUUAUUUGGUGUCUUACAAAAGCUACUUCCCAGAGCUUGCAGAUUUAGUUUGUCAAACUCAACCAUUAAGCUGGAGACAGGCGACAGAAGGGAGCCCUCCCUAGAGUGGGGCCUCGGCCUCUUCCCCCUUUGGGGCCUAGCCUGACUCAGAGGACUGCGGAACCCGUUUCUGCCAUCGUGCAUGUCGCUUGCAUCUGAGCUGUCUGUGAGGUGUGCGUCCUGCCCCACAGGGAGAAUGUCGCGUCCCGAGUCUCCAAAGGCCCCAACGGGGGGCUGGCUGGCAUUCCGAGCUGCAUUUUGCCAAUUCUUAAUUUCUUCCAAGCUCAUGUCCUCAUCUUCAUCUAGAAAUGCCCUCACAGAAAUGGAGUUGCUGCACUUUUUACCACCGCCUGUGAGCAACACAAAGAAGGACUUCAGAGAUCUGAGUACCAGAACCCAGGGACUGUGAACGUAAGGCCGUAGCUGCACUCCUCCAGUGCAGUUUGCAAGUUCACGUGACCCAGGCAAUGAUCAUUCUUUAAGUCAAAACCUGCACAUCAGAUUCCAAAAAAGGAACCCAUCACACACCUUCUUGGGGAAAGGCACUUGGUUAAAAGGUGAGCAGCUCUGCAGCAGGACACAGAAUGCUUCCUCCUUGCAGGCCAGAGGGAAGGGAUAUCCAAGGCUGAGCAUGUGCCCUGGUGUGGGGUGACCGGCGGAGACCCCCAAGUACCCUCAGCUUGGAUCUGAGGGUACUGAGUCGUACCCUGCAGGGUCCUGAAAGACCCUCGAGACAAAUUCCAUGAGGUGGAACUGCUGCAGGUGUCACCCCAAGCGUACUCACAGAAGGACUACUUUGGAGCAGCACUGCCCAAGGGGACGGUCUGUGAGACGGAAUGGUCUCUGUGCUGUCCCAGAUGGUGGCCAACGAGCCCUUGACAUCUAACUAGGACAAAUGAAGAACUAACUUUAAUAUCAACUAAUUAUAUCUAAAUUAAAUGUGGGACCCCAUAUGGAACGACACAGCUUUAGAGAGGAAAUGAAGUCACUUUACAAGUGAAAUGACCUGUGUAAGUCCCUCUAACUUCUAGGCUGGCCUUUACAUCUGACACUCCUCUUUUCUCACCCAGUAAUCAAGUUUGCGAUGGGCAUUCUGCGCUUCAAAACUGAUUUUGUACUUUUAUUACAAAACCCAAAAGUAUACACCACUGUCAGCUAUACCUCACACACAAAGUUAGGUUCAGAUCGCUGAACACAAACAUCAACAAUCACAUGGAUUCAGCUCCACAUUUCACAUUUCUAGAGGACUUUCCUAGGCUUCUUCCUCCUUCAUGUGCAUCUGAACCACUUUUGUUUUCUUUCCAUCACUCCAGGGAGUCUAUUUUGUGAAAUAAACACCUUCUAGGCUAAUGGGCUCAAUUUUGACCUUCAGAAACCACAGAUUUUAAAUUUUAUACCUGUACAAAUUUCUAUUUUGGCAGAUUAAAAACUCUGGUUAUUAACAAGGUUUUGUGAGCUAUUUUUUUAUUAUUAAUCUUUAGCUUAACGUUAACAAGUUUUAUUUGGUGAGUUUUCUUUCUGACACUCACAAAACCUAGUAUAAGGUCAAAGUGCAGUUUCAGGGGACGACAACUCAGCCGUCGGCAACUUUUGUUCCCUCUCGGAGAUCAGGGACACCACCGCAGGGCCUGUUGUCUGAAGACAGUCACGUCCACUGCCCUGAAAGUCUUCCGGAAGCCUGGAUUGUAGAAACUGGCUCCUACUGAAUCUUAAAGGUGUAUAUUUUUCACUGUUAGUAACAGCGCUAACAACGCUUUUAUUUCCUUUAAAGAAUUUCUUGUUCUUCGCCCAUUUUGCAUUUGGGGUAUUUUUGUCUUUUUUCUUACUAAUGUUUAAGAACUGUUUCUAUUUUUCCUUUUUAAAUGUUGUUGUUGAUGCUCUUAUGAGUUACUUUUAAGUUUGAUGCAGUCUAAUUAACCUCUUCCAUUACGAUCUUUCCAUUUGCUCUUUUAUGCUUUAAAAGUCCUUUGCACCCUGACAUCUGCUAAGUACACACCAGUAUUCUGGUAUAUGUACUCCUAGUCUUUUUCCUGAAAAUAUGGGAAA